AAAUACCCCCCUUCGGCUCUGACGUCAAUGCACGUCAGCAGAGACAACACGAUGCCUCCUGCGAGUCAGCUCGCGCACUGGCGCUCAUGAGAGCUGCAAUAUUAUAGCGCUAUUGUAUCGGUGUGUGUGUGGGGAGAAAGAGAGUUGCAGAAGAUGUGUGCGUGUUAGACUGUUUUUUUUUUGGCCUGACACGUCGCACUUGUCCCCCCCUAAAAAAAAAAAAAAAAUUGUUUUUUUUUUACCCCCAAACAAUUUCUCUCGCGCUUUAGUUCGGCUACGGCGGCUGACCGCGGUCAAAAGUGCGCUCGCGACUCGAUCCUGUUCCUAAAGGCAUGCGUAUGGGUUUCACGGCUGGCGGCUCGGUGCGUUGCGUCCUCACCGGCGUUCCGACUCGUGGCUGAAAGUCCGUGGCGUCCCUCCGGAAAGAAAGCAUGGUCAUGGCUGACAGCGAGCCGAAAGCGGCGCUCCGCGGGCCGGUGCGUGUGGGUUUCUACGACAUCGAGCGCACGCUCGGCAAGGGAAACUUCGCCGUGGUCAAACUGGCCAGGCACCGGAUCACCAAAAGUGAGGUGGCUAUAAAGAUCAUAGACAAGACCCAGCUGGACUCGGUAAACCUGGAGAAGAUCUACCGCGAGGUGAAGAUCAUGAAAAUGCUGGACCACCCACAUAUCAUCAAGCUGUAUCAGGUCAUGGAGACCAAGAAUAUGCUCUACUUGGUGACAGAGUAUGCCAAAAAUGGGGAAAUUUUUGACUACCUGGCCAAGCACGGACGGCUGAGUGAGCCUGAAGCUCGUCGCAAGUUCUGGCAGAUCUUGUCUGCAGUGGAAUAUUGCCACAACGGCAACGUUGUACACCGGGACCUGAAAGCUGAGAACCUGCUCCUAGACGGACACAUGAACAUCAAGAUUGCAGAUUUUGGCUUUGCAAACUUCUUCCAGCCGGGAAAGCCUUUGGCCACAUGGUGUGGCAGUCCCCCAUAUGCUGCCCCUGAAGUGUUUGAAGGACAGCAGUAUGAAGGACCACAGCUAGACAUCUGGAGUUUAGGGGUGGUCCUUUACGUGCUGGUGUGUGGCGCCCUGCCUUUUGAUGGUCCCUCCCUGCCUGUGUUAAGGCAGCGUGUGUUAGAAGGCCGCUUCCGAAUCCCAUACUUCAUGACUGAAGACUGUGAGCAUCUGAUCCGAAGGAUGCUGGUGUUGGACCCAUCCAAGCGUCUCUCGGUGGCUCAGAUUAAGGAGCACAAGUGGAUGGUGCUGGAGGUUCCCAUACAGAGACCCCUCCUCUACCAGCAGUCCAGCUCGAACGAGGACUACGCCGGACUGGGAGUGUACAGCGAGCAGGUGCUGAGGCUCAUGCACAGCCUCGGCAUCGACCAGCACAAGACUGUAGAGUCUCUCCAGAACAAAAGCUAUAACCACUUUGCUGCAAUUUACUACCUGCUGGUGGAGAGACUGCGAGCACACCGAUCCAGUUUCCCCGUGGAGCCCCGUCUGGACGCUCGCCAGCGCAGACCCAGCACCAUCGCCGAUCAGACCAUGGUGAAGUCGGGCAGCGGCGCUCCCCAGGUGAGCCUGAUGCCCCAGAAUGUGCAUCUGCUGCGCUCGCUGGCUGUGCCUCAGGCCGGCGCUGACUCCUACGCCUACCCACAAUCCUCCUGUGCGCCUGAUCACAGCCUCAUGGAGGAGGAGGUGGGAACUCCCAAAGUGGACGGCUGCAUGCUGGACCCUCUGCCUCCGGUGGUUGUGCGGAAAUCCAGCACGUCAUCCCCUAGUAACAUGAUGGAGACGUCUAUAGAUGAAGGCAUCGAGACGGAGGACCCGGACGCCGAAGAAGAAGCCGCGCACGCUUUCAACGCUUACCAGACGGCACGCUUUGGCCAGCGCAGACACACGCUGUCCGAGGUCACCAACCAACCCGGAGCGCUGAGCAGCGCAGGGAAGCUGUUCUCAUUGGGCAGCAUGGACUCUGAGUACGACACGGGCUCGAUGCACAGUGACCUGAGCCUGCUGGAUGACGCGUCCCCCAAUAACAAAGCGGUUCUAGCCAAUGCGUCCAUCAGCCGCGUGAAUCCCCCCUUCAUCAGCCGCGUGACUCUGCCCAACCCGGCCAUGCACAUGCUGAGCUCACAGAGGAGAGAAACUCACAACCGCUCACCCGUCAGCUUCCGCGAGGGACGUCGCGCAUCCGAUACCUCACUCACACAAGGUAUGGUGGCAUUUCGGCAGCAUCUACAAAACCUGGCUCGCGCGAAAGGCAUCCUGGAGCUCAACAAGGUUUAUGAGCAGAUGGGCUCCGGGGAGAAUCCCUCACUAGGACCGUUCAGCCCUCAGACACACCCACACAACCCUCUGGAUCCCUUACUGCAGGGAGGUGGAUGUCAUCAGCAUGACAUGGCCUUGUACUCAGGUGGCCCUUCAAUGUCUAGGAGACAGAGUCUGGAGCCACAAUAUCCCUCACACAGGAUACCGAAAGCGAACCUGAUGGCAAGCCCCGGGAGCUGCCAUAUGUUCUGUAAAGAGACGCCUCGCAGCCUGGAACAGCAGCUGGCCGAGCACAGUCUGUGUCCCCCCAGGUUGCAGCAGAAGAGACUGUAUCUUCAGAAGCAGUCUCAAAUGCAGGCAUAUUUUAACCAGAUGCACAUAGUGGACGGGUCGUAUGCAUCUUGCACACCAAUAAGCCACCAGGACUCUCAGGCUCAGAGCGCGAUUUCACACCAGCAGCUAAAUACACAGCCUUAUAGUCCCAUGAUGGAGCCUGGCAGCGACGCCCUGACAUAUGAUCCCUACCUGCGUCAUUACCCCCACCUGCAGCACUCCGCUCUUGCCCCUGGUAUACCCCCCCAGCUGCAGAGUCAGCAGCCCUACAGCUUCCAAUCGCAUGAGCCAGGCCUUUGCCAGCUGGGUGAGGUUCUGUACCAGGAACCCCACGAUCCCCCGCUAGAACCCGGUCAGCCUCCUCCUCUAUGCGCAGAAGCACGGGUGCCAAAUCCAGUACCGGGGUACGAAGGCCUCAAAGUGGCAGACGCUUUUGCAGACAGUGAGAUGAUGGAGACGGUGGACUCCCAGCAUGGCUUCGUGCUGGUCAAGUAGACCCCAAUCGAUUGCGAGCGGUACACAGUAUUACCUGAUGAUUUUGGAGAAUGGAGAAAAAAGGAUCCAGGUGACCAAGUAAAAAAAUUGAACUUUUCCGGUCGUUAUUCUUUCGUUUUUUUUCCAACCUGAAUCCCUCCAGAACUCCGCGGCGUCCACCCAAGAAAAAAGUGAUGGGAGCUGGAUGUUGGUGGAACUGUGAAGGCUCUCUCGUUAUCCUGGACUGACGGACGGCCACGUGGGAGGUUUUGUGUAGCGAUACCCGGCAGAGAUACACCGAGUGGAGCCCGGGCGAGAACUCCAGCCAUGUUUGGUAUUGACAUAGAACCGUUUCGCUCUCGUCACCUUUUUAGUUUCGCGGAUCGUCUAAGAGGACGAAACCCGAUACGCACGCUUGUAAAGUGCAGUGUUAGAAGUCCUACAGCAAUACCGAAGCAAUAGAAUCAUGCUGGAUCGAACAAAGCCAUACUUCGGGGGAACAAGGGUGCAGUUCAGACAUUGGGUCGGCGGAUCAAACGACUCGCCCGGUGUCGCAGCCCACUUUUGGUUUCAUCCCGCGAUCCGUCAGUGGACGUUCUAUGUAUCCUGUAGUAUCAUUACUUGCUGGUAGAAACGGCGCAGAAAUGAACUCGCCACUGUUUUAUUACAGCAAAGAUGCAACAGCAGAUGAAUCACAAGAUAUCCUUCUUAUGCUGUCGAUUAACAGGGAGGAGCCGCAGGACUUUACCUUCUGGCUAUGUCGCCCCCCCCCCGAGCGCAGUGUUUUCCAUUGAACUCCUCCAUUUGCGAUAGACACUACACGGAGAUCAGAAGGACGGUGUUUGUAGAAAAGGUUUCAGUGGAAAAUUGUAGUCAUUUAACACUGGAUUGUGGCCAACAGAUCAUUCAUUGUUUUUUCAGCACUCAGCAAAUCUACUUGAAUAGGAUACGUAAUUACCGAAAUCUGUUAUAUAGGAAAAAGAAGAAGAACUGUUCUUUCCAUCAUAAUCAUGAAGCACUUUUUUUGUGAUUUUUGUUUGGGGGGGGGGUUUCCCUCCCAAGGAAGCAAAAGGAAAUGUAGCGAAUGUGGAUGUAGCAGUCCAACCUGCUCGUUUAGUCCUGUCAACCAAAACGCAAUAGACUUCCAAUCCCGAUCUAGCCAGGAAUCUAACGCUUCACUCAGUGCUUCGUUGUACGCUUUGUGUAUGAAUUAGAGGCAAAGGCACCAUUGAAGAGCUUUCACAACAAUAAGGAUUCCUUUUUAGCGCGAUAGUGUUCGGUGUGCCUUUUCUUUAUUCUUUUAAAAUUGAGAAUUUUUUUUUUUUGCAGGUCUGGUAGAAAUAAAAGGAUUUAAAUAGAA